AUGGCAACGUUAAGCCCAUCCAAAGUGACAUUAAUGGAGGGGAAGCACGUGGACCUGUCCUGUACAACCUCUGGCGUACCCUCACCUGAGCUGAUAUGGAACAUGGCGUUGGUCUCCAACUAUGAGAUCUUGACAUCAGGCCAGAUUUCAGUGCUGCGACUGUUCAACCUGUCGUCAUUGGACCACAACAGCAAGAUCAGCUGCACGGCUGAGAACAUUGUUGGAGAGAAAGAGUCAUCACUGCUGCUAGACAUACUUUUUCCUCCCAAAAUCACUAAGCUGAGUGAUGCAAUCCCUGACCAUCACUGGUGCAUCCCCUUCAGUGUGGCAGGAAACCCAGAGCCGCAGCUACAGUGGUAUCUGGAUGGUGAAGCGGUGACGGAGGGGAUCUACAUCAUGACCAUAAUCCAUGACAUCACAGAGAGAGAGUACCACGGCUGCCUGCAGCUGGACAGCCCCACACACCUCAACAACGGCCGCUACACACUCAUGGCUAAAAACCAAUAUGGGACAGACCAAAAGGAGGUGGAGGCUCACUUCAUGCGAAAACCCUGGGACG